ACUGGUUCGAUGUAGAGUCGACCCGGAUAUCAGUUCUUGCAGAGAGAAAACAAGGCUCACUCGGUAAUGGUGGGCAUUCUAGGCUUUCUGUACACUUCAAUGGACAUUGUUCUCCCUUACAACCAGACAAACUUUAUCGCCAUUUAUCAACGAGGCCACACAAGCCAAAGAAGUCCGUUAUUCCAGGCUCUCAAUUUCUCAAACUUUCUCUACCAUUUCUCAUAAGAAAUCUAGCUCUGAAGAACCUUUGUUGAUCUUUCUAUUUUCUUUCAGUUUAACUCUUAUCCAUGUUUCUGUAGCUAUGUGUCUUUAAGUUUCGAAGAUGACGAUGGCUGUACGAGCAGCGAAUAGCUGCUCCGUCUUUCGCUCUGUUUCUUCGCCUCCUUUCUCCUCGUUUCCAUGUCGUCUCUCCCAUUUCGCUCCCUCUCGAUUUCGCGGAGUCUCAAAAUUAAGGUUUCAAGCACCGGCUUCUCGGCCAGAGAAGCUUCUUCCCUAUUGGGGCAUUCUCAGCUGUUCUGUUUACAGUCUCGUUGAGAGCGUCAUGGAAGAGCUCGAAGUGUUGAGGGCGAGGAAGCGAGUUUAUGCCAGCAGCAAAGUGGGAUUAGUAAGCAGCGGGCAGCUUGUUGAGGGUAAAGUCGAUAAGCGGGUACUGCAGAAAGGGUUACUUCUGGAAUUCCGGAAGGAUUCUGAACGGGUACUACUGGCAGUUGCACAGAAACCCGAUGGCAAAAAGAACUGGGUGGUGUCUGAUCAGAAUGGGGUGACAUCCUCAAUUAAACCACAACAAAUUACAUUCAUUGUUCCUGGUGUAGAAAAUUUUGACCACACGGAGAUAUCAGAUUUCAUUGAAAAAGCUCAUAAAAACUUGGACCCAACAUUACUUGAAUAUGCUUGGAUGGAGCUACUGGAGAAGAACAAGUCAGUGACAGCAGAAGAACUUGCUGAGAUUAUUUUUGGUAGCGUGGAGCCGGUGGAGAGCUAUUGUGCCCAUUUAUUACUAUCAAAAGAUGAAGUUUACUUCAGUGUGGUGGAGGCUAAAGGAUCCCACUCUGUUUAUGGGCCUCGCCCUGCUGUGCAGGUAGAAGAACUUCUACGCAGGAAACAUGCAAAAGAGGAAGCUGAAAAGGAACUUCAGGAGUUUGUAGGGCUACUGAUGUCAGCCAAGGGAGUUUCUUUACAUUCCAAGCCUCCCAAAGAAUCAUGGACAGUUGAUGAUAAAAUCCAACAUAGAAUUGAAUCUCUUGAGGCUUAUGCAAUUGAUGCAUGUAAAAAUGAUGAUCAAAAGAAAACAGCUGGAGUGAUCCUCAAGGCAAUGGGGCUGCCAAGGACAUCGUCUUCUGCAGUAAAUCUCCUCAUAGACAUUGGUUAUUUUCCUGUACAUGUCAAUCUUGAUCUCUUGAAGUUCAAUGUCCAUACUGAAUAUUCAGAUGAAAUUCUCUCAGCUGCCGAAAGCCUUUUGUUAGACUCAUCUGAUCCUGAUGAGAUGGAGAGAAAAGAUCUUACACAUUUGAAAGUUUAUGCAAUUGAUGUUGACGAAGCUGAUGAGCUUGAUGAUGCCCUCAGUGCAACAAGGCUGCAGGAUGGCCGGAUCAAAGUGUGGAUACAUGUUGCUGAUCCAACUAGCUUAGUUCAACCUGGAAGCAAAAUAGACAGAGAGGCAAUGAGAAAAGGGACCUCUAUUUUCUUGCCCACUGCCACUUUUCCUAUGUUCCCGGAGAAGCUUGCAAUGGAGGGAAUGAGCUUGAAACAAGGAAAAGUUUGCAAUGCUGUCAGUGUAUCUGUUGUACUGCAUCAUGGUGGCGGCAUUGCAGAGUACACAGUAGAAAACUCGAUUAUUAGACCAACCUAUAUGUUGACAUAUGAGAGUGCAUCUGAGUUGAUUCACUUGAACCUGGAAGAGGAGGCUGAACUUCGAAUUCUAUCUGAGGCUGCAGCUCUCCGGUUACAAUGGCGUCGCCAACAGGGUGCAAUUGAUACAGCAACAAUAGAUACACGUAUCAAGGUGGCUAAUCCAGAUGACCUAGAACCAUCAAUCAAUCUCUAUGUUGAAAAUCAGGCUGAUCCUGCAAUGCGACUUGUCUCCGAGAUGAUGAUACUGUGUGGGGAGGUUAUAGCCACCUUUGGUUCAUGCAAUAACAUCCCUCUUCCCUACAGAGGCCAACCCCAAUCAAACAUUGAUGCCUCUGCAUUUUCCCAUCUUCCAGAAGGACCUGUUAGAAGUUCAGCAUAUGUCAAAAUAAUGCGUGCAGCAGAAAUGGAUUUCAGGAAGCCUAUACGUCAUGGAGUCUUGGGUAUUCCUGGUUAUGUGCAGUUUACAUCUCCAAUCCGUCGAUAUAUGGAUCUUCUUGCUCAUUAUCAGGUGAAAGCAUUUCUUAGAGGUGAUUCUCUUCCAUACUCAGCUGGUCAGUUGGAAGGGAUGGCAUCACUCAUAAACAUGCGGGUCCGAGUAGCAAAAAGGCUCUACAACAGCAGCCUUAGGUAUUGGUUAUUGGAGUUUCUGAGAAGGCAACCCAAGGAAAAGAAGUUCCGUGCUUUGAUCCUUAGAUUUAUCAAAGAUCGUGUUGCAGCCUUGUUCUUGACAGAGGUUGGAAUUCAAGCUUCUGCAUGGGUAUCUGUAGGUUCACAGAUUGGAGAUGAAAUUGAAGUUUGGGUGGAAGAAGCUCAUCCACGUGAUGAUGUCCUUUCUCUAAAGGAAGUUGCUUAAGAGAUUGAAAGAUUUCAUUAGCACCACAAAGAGCUUAGGAUUUGCCAUUAUGAAAUUUAUGGUUGUCAAAUGGGUAAGCAACCCCUGAUUUGUUCCACCUGCUCAGUCACCAAAAACUAGUCCUACAUGCUGCAGUUGGAGAGUAACCAAAACCUCCCUAACACUUCCUACUUCAAAAUUGUUCGGGAAAUUCAUAUUUCCUACAUAUUAUGGUGUAUGACAAGUCACUGUGUAACCUUGAAGUUACGCCUAGUUGGUCAUGGUCAUUGUAAAGAAGCUCAUCAUCUGGUACAGAGAAUACUUGAAGAUAAUCAUAGACUUUCUCUUGUGCAGAAGAGGGCCAUUCCCAAGUCACAGAUUAUGGAUGCUUAGCUCCUUUAAGUAGAUACUAAAAGUCAAUCUUUGGCAGAAUUGAAACUUCUGCAGCCAGGGUCUUGCUUGAUGACAAUUUCUAAGCAGGUUCUCUAAUAUGUGGCAACUGGCAACUGGCAGCGUUCCUUGAUCAACUUGGUUGAGUAAUGGUGAGAUAAUGUGAUUUGGUGCUUCAAGCCAGUAUUUUAAUUUGCUAUUUGUCUCUGCAAAGUUUUGAUACCAGGAAUACUUGUGAAGUGUUUCAUGUGUAUAUAUAUACAAGGUAAAUGAUCCUACAAAAGAUAAUAUUCUGACAUAUUCUGAUAUUCCUUAGCUAUUGAUUCCUGCUGGGAAUUGUUGUCCAUGAGUUGCUUGAGGCCUCACCUAUUGGAUUCAUGGAAAUGCUGUUUUGAAUAUGACAGAAGAAUAAGGACAUAUGAUAAUGAUCGUGUUUAGUAUGGAGUAACAAGAUGUCUCUGCACUCAGCAUGAAAGAGGUUGUCAGCAGCAAGUUAGGAUUUUGUUGAUUUGGUCUUGAACUAAUGUAGGGAAAUUCUAAUUUGGCACUUUCUUUUCCUUCUUGUCAAGUAGAAAAGAAAAGGAGGGGAAAUGCCUGCUCUUAGGCAUGGAAGAUGGAAAGGAUUCUCUUCCCAAGGUUCUUUCUAGAAAUUUGUUUGGUUUUUC